AGAUAGGGAUUAAUGUUUACGAUAGAUAUAGCGAUCUACUAGCCAGUGGCUAUGUACAUUGAUUUUGUCAAGUUGUAAUUUUAAAAGUGGAAUAUUAUAGUGGUGUCUGCAUAGUGCAGAGUAAAACGGAUUACUAUGCGAGUGGCUGAAGCUUACUGAUCUUAGCCAUGGUCAACGCCGCGGGAGACAGAUGUACAUUUCCCUGUCGACGGGUCGGCCUUAAAGCGGUUGGGGUGCUGUGCUCACUUGUAUUUAUAGCAUUCAUGUAUCUCAACAAAGACGAUAGCAAAAGGGCAGCUGCUUAUGUUUUGGACUAUAACGACUCAUUUGUGUUUAAGCCAUUAAAUAACGGCAUAAACGCGCAUUUGGACGUUUACGAAAAUGACUUCAAACGAACCCCUUACGUUAUGGGGGAGGCUGAGCGAAUGCUUAGAAAACUCAAGGACUUGGACAAAGCGAACUUUUUAAAAGAGGUGUUAAACAGUUCGGAUGUGUCUGGUAAACAAUACUCGGGUAGAAUCAUCCGAAAGUUUCCCACACAUGAAAUCAAAUACCGCUUUAAAAGGGUGAAGUCUAAAACAUCAUCGUACAGUCCUGAUAAUACCGGAAGUGAAUUUAUGCAGAAAAACUGUAAAAUGUGGGCGGUGCUUACAACGAUAUUUGAGCCUCCGUCGGAAGCUGUACGACGGUUCAAAUACAUGAGAAACUGGUGCGUGGUUAUAGCUGGGGAUGCUGGGUUGCCAAAGAAAUACAUCCUCCCCUCCUCUGUGAUUAAUCAGACAAUUGUUUUCUUAAGUGAAGAGGAUCAAAAGAAGAUAGGUUCUGAUUUUGUUGACGGUUUGCCCUGGAAAAGUUUCGGUAGAAAGAAUGUUGGAUUUCUUUAUGCGAUUGCGCAUGGGGCAACGGUUAUAUGGGACUGUGAUGAUGAUAACAUGCUCAAGUUCUGGAUGGAAGGAGCUUCUCCAGAUGAUAAUUUAUGGAUAGAAACGUAUACAAACAUUGACAAAACACUUAAGCCUUUAACUUUGGUUAAUGUAAAAGAAAAGUACCAAAAUGACAAAGCCCAUUUCUUUAACCCGUAUCCAUAUCUAGGAGCGCCUAAUCCAAGUUGUUGGCCGAGAGGGUACCCAUUGACUUUAAUCACAUCAUCAGAGGAGAUGGAUCAUUUAACAUUUGAAAGUAUUAGUAAUGUCAAAUCAGCUGCUGAAAACAUUGGUGUUCUCCAGGCUUUGGCCGAUCAUGAACCUGACGUAGAUGCUUUGUAUCGUCUUAUUCAUGGGACUCCGUUCUACUUUAAACGACCAAAGUCGGAGAAUGACAAAAAGUCAGCAGUGCUCUUGUCACCUGGAGUUUAUUCCCCACUUAAUGCUCAAGCAACGCUACAUUUUCACUCCGCUUUCAUUGCAAUGUACCUUCCAACCACUGUUCACGGACGUGUUUCUGAUAUAUUGCGAAGCUACAUUGCACAGGCUGUACUCUCUUUGAAAGACAUACUGGUCGGGUUCAUGCCACGACCUCUAGUCGACCAGGACCGUAAUGUUCAUUCUUAUCUUGCAGACCUUGAGUCAGAGACACCAUUGUACACUAGAGUUGAGGUAUUUGUAUCCUUUCUAGAUCACUGGAGAAGAGACAAGAUAGCCAAAGGCGAGCAUAAGUCACGAUCAUUGGAAGAUCUUUAUGAGGACUUGUAUAUUGAAAUCUACGAACGCGGCUUUAUAGAAAUUGAUGACGUAUUUGCUAUUCAGCGGUGGAUUUUGGCUCUUUUUGAUGUUGGAUAUACGACGAGAACUAGUGGCACACUUGCUGAUACCUCUUCUGAUUGGAUUAUAACUAAGGAAAAGUCAAACUUCAACGUUGGGUCUUCGGUCUUUUACCAACCAAACACUUUUCCAAAGGAAUGUGAAGUGGUUAAAAACAAGCAUACCAAAAUGACAUUAUGGACCGCCGAUCUGUAUGACGGUUGUAGAAUAGACUAUCCGACCAUUCUCUCCUCUCUUGGACAACGAUCUGUAGUGGCUGGCUACAAGUAUAGAAAAACGCCAUACCCGGAAGUGUUUAAUUUUCCAAAUAUCAUAGUUCCAAAAUCGAUUCCUAAAGAAAUAGAAAAAUACAGGAUAGGAACUCAGGUUACACCGGAUUUAAUCAACAAAGUAAUGAAGUUUUAUACCAAUGAUGAAUUAUUUAACAGCGUUGAUGCAUUUUAUUGUGGAUUUUAUUCGUCCAUGUGCCAGUUGUGGAUGCCACUUAACAAAACUAAGUCUAUAUUAUUCAUAACAGCUCAUAGAUACAACCUUGGACGGUGCACUGUAGAUUCAUGGAAUAAGUUAACAGAUCAAUUGAUAGAUCUUGAAUUAAGAAACGUUCAAGAUCUAACAAGAGCAAAACACAUAAUUGGCGGUGCUAGUCGAUACGAUUAUGAAUAUCUGAAAUACUAUACUGGUCUUGGUGAUUCAAUAAAAUUAAUUAGCAGCUUUGGUGGAAUGUAUACAAAAGGUGGUGAAUUUAAACCUACAGAGGCUGAAAUUCUUGUUGCAGGCUAUAACAAAGCAAUGAUCGGAAAAGUGAAAUCUUUUAAACUUAUUGAAAUUCAUAAAAAAUAUAAACACUACACUUCAAAUGAUUUACUUAGACACAGAGCAAUAAUUUAUAUCCCUUAUUCUGUGAUGUCAUAUAAAUUAACAGACUUUUAUUCCAUAAAUAUUCCAUUAUUUAUGCCAAGUCCAAAAUUCUUAAGAAGUCGAGGUGGAAUUGGAGGAGACAGAACGAGCACCACACCUCCUUAUUGCAAUGUGGACAAAGAUUUACCAUGGAAAGUGAGCAAGCACCCAACAUCCCACCAUUCUUACAAUCCUAAUGCUGAAUUUAACCAGGAUUCUGAAGCAGAGAUGUACUGGUUACAGUUCAGUGACUUUUAUGACUGGCCACAUAUCCAAUAUUUUGACAGUUUUGACGAUCUGGAUACAAAACUGCAAACAGUCGACUACAGCGCUGUGAGCGCUUUGAUGAGAAAGGAAAAUGCAAUUAGAAAGCAUUUAGUUCUAAGUCAAUGGUGCUCAAUUAUUUCUAGCAUUAAGCAUUGACUUGAUGAACACAAUGAAUACCUUUUGUUAUUUGGCACAGGAUAGUCCUUCAUAAUAUAUCGUAUCAUGUUUUAAAGUAAGAUAUGCAUGUACACGAGUUUGACUAGCUAAUAAUUUUUGGUAAUACAAUGUUCAGAUUUUAAUAAUGGACCAGCCACUGUUUUAUCUGCCAGUUCACCUGAUUAAAAUCAAUAACAGCUGACUGCUGAUUUACUGAAACAAAUAUAUUGGCAAAUAUACUGCCUUUUCAUUGGACAAAAAUAUGUUGACCACAAUUCUUAUUAACCUUUAAAACAAAUUUCAAUACAUUGAUGUUUAUAAUGCCAUCAAAUAAUAACAAUAAUAAUCAUAUCAGUGCUUGUUUAAGUAUUUUAUAAUGCUAUAUUAAGGCGUUCCGUCACCAUUGAAGCAGUUGCUAUCUAGUCCUAUAUGAAAUAGUUCGUAUAUUAUCUACUUGUUAUGCCCCCCUUCCAAGAAGAGGGGUAUAUUGCUUUGCACAGGCAUGUCGGUAUGUCGGUCGGUCGGUCGGUCGGUCCGUCGGUAGACCAAAGCUUGUCCGAGUGAUAACUCAACUAUUCCUGGACGUAUGGUCAUCAAACUUCACAUGAAGGUUGGGCCUGACCAGUAGAUGACCCCUAUUGAUUUUGGGGGUCAUCGGGUUAAAGGUCAAGGUCACAGUGACCUUUAAUGGUAAAAUAAUUUUAAAGCUUGUCCGAGUGAUAACUCAACAAUGCCUGCACCCAUGGCCCUCAAACUUGACAUGGAGGUUGGGCCUGACCAGUAGAUGAUCCCUAUUGUUUUUGGGGGUCAUCAGGCCAAAGGUCAAGGUCACAGUGACCUUGAAUGGAAAAGGUUGUCCGAGUGAUAACACAACAAUGCCUGCACCCAUGGCCCUCAAACUUGACUUGGAGGUUGGGCCUGACCAGUAGCUGACCCCUAUUGUUUUUUGGGCUCAAUGGGUCAAAGGUCAAGGUCACAGUGACCUGGAAUGGUAAAAGGUUGUUCGAGUGAUAACUCAACAAUGCCUGCACCCAUGGCCCUCAAACUUGACUUGGAGGAUGGGCCUGACCAGUAGAUGACCCCUAUUGUUUUUGGGGGUCAUUGGGCCAAAGGUCAAGGUCACAGUGACCUUUAAUGGUAAAAGGUUGUCCGAGUGAUAACUCAACAAUGCCUGCACCCAUGGCCCUCAAACUUGACUUGGAGAAUUGGCCUGACCAGGGGAUGACCCCUAUUGUUUUUGGGGGUCAUUGGGCCAAAGGUCAAGGUCACAGUGACCUUGAAUUGUAAAAGGUUGUCCGAGUGAUAACUCGACAAUGCCUGCACCCAUGGCCCUCAAACUUGACUUGGAGGUUGGGCCUGGCCAGAAGAUGGUCCCUAUUGAUUUAAGGGGUCAUUGGGCCAAAGGUCAAGGUCACAGUGACCUGGAAUGGUAAAAGGUUAUCCGAGUGAUAACUUGACAAUGGCUGCACCCAUGGCCCUCAAACUUGAUUUGGAGGUUGAGUCUGGCCAGAAGAUUGUCCCUAUUAAUUUUAGGGGUCAUUGGGCCAAAGGUCAAGGUCACAGUGACCUUGAAUGGUAAAAGGUUGUCCAAGUGAUAACUCAACAAUGCCUGCACCCAUGGCCCUCAAACUUGACAUGGAGGUUGGGCUUGACCAGUAGAUGACCCCUAUUGAUUUUAGGGGUCAAAGGUCAAGGUCACAGUGACCUUGAAAGCAAACUUGACAAUUCUUGGACCUAUGGUCAUCAAACUUGACAUGACGGUUGGGCCUGCCCAGUAGAUGACCCCUAUCAAUUUUGGGGGUCAUCAGGCCAAGGUCAAUGUCACAGUAACCUUUAACGCUAAAAAGUUAACAAAUCUUCCCCCACUGAUAUCUCAACAAUGCCUGAACCUAUGAUCAUUAAACUUGACAUGGAUGUUAAGCCUGACCAGUAGAUCACCCUUAUUGAUUUUAGGAUUCAUAGAGCCAAAGGUCAAGGUCACAGUGAUCUUGAAUGGUAAAAGGUUGUCCGAGUGAUAACUCAACAAUGCCUGAACCCAUGGCCUUCAAACUUGACUUGGAGUUGCAUCUGACUUGUAGAUGACCCCUUAUGAUUUAAGGGGUCAUCGGGUCAAAGGUCAAGGUCACAGUGACCUUGAACGAAAAAAAACUUGUCUUAUGAUAACUUGACAAUGCCUGCACCCAUGGCCCUCAAACUUGACAUUAAGGUUUCUGGUGACCAGCUGAUGACUCUGGAUUUUGAGUUCAUAGAGUCAAAGGUCAUGACGGUCAUAACACACUUUAUCCUCACACUUUAAUGGUCAUAAUCUUUAAACAGCAACAAAUCAGCUGUCAUUUCGGUCCAUGCAUAUUUCAUUCAAUUGUCCAUAUAAUCCUGACAACAUGGCGCUCAGGGGGGCAUAAUGUUUGACAAACAUCUCUUGUUAAUUAUAUUUUGUAAUUGUAACUUUUUGUAAUUGUAACUCUUACCAUGUGUGUACAUCUCAUUCUAUACGGGGUUUUUACAUGGCCAAAGGUUUAUUUAUUGCAGAUAUUGCUAAUAAAUCUU